AUGAGGUCCGACGUCUUCGCCCAAGAAGAGGACGCUUCGUCGCAGAAGACGAGAACAAAAGAAUUGUUUAUUGGAUGCGGAAUUUUCCCCAUUUUUUGUGAGGUCGGCAGAGGUAGUGUCAUUCUCUUGUGGGUGGAUGGCCCCUCACCCAGAGUUCCUAAUCGCACAGCUGAGGUGUCGACCAGCAGAACGACCUGGCUGCUGCUCGUCUGCCUCAUCAUACUUCUCGGGAUCCUCGACAAUGCAGAAGGUGCAAGGAAAAGAUUUCGCAGGCCAACAACAAGUAGUAGUAGCUCAUCAAGUUCGAACGAUCAAGAGGUUUCGGCCAGUGUGAAUAGAUUCAAAGUCACGCGAAAUCGUAUAAACAACAAAAACAAAAAGAAUGAAAUUCAAACUGGCAAGACGGAAGACUACAAGCUCGUAUGUUACUAUACGAACUGGUCACAAUACCGUACGAAAAUUGGAAAAUUCGUACCUGAGGACAUUCAACCCGAUCUCUGCACGCACAUUAUCUUCGCGUUUGGCUGGCUGAAGAAGAAUAAAUUAACGAGCUUCGAAUCAAACGACGAAACGAAAGAUGGGAAAAUUGGACUUUACGAGAAAAUUAUUAACCUAAAGAAGGCUAAUCCUUCGUUAAAAAUUCUUCUUGCUAUCGGUGGCUGGUCGUUCGGUACCCAGAAAUUCAAAGACAUGUCUUCGACAAGAUUCGCCAGGCAGACUUUCAUUUACAGCGCUAUACCGUAUCUACGAGAUCGAAAUUUCGAUGGUCUUGACAUCGAUUGGGAGUAUCCAAAGGGAGGAGACGAUAAAAAGAACUAUAUUCUUCUGCUGAAAGAACUUCGAGAAGCAUUCGAAGCAGAGGCUCAAGAGAAGAAAAUGCCGAGGCUUCUUUUGACUGCAGCUGUACCGGUUGGUCCUGACAAUGUUAAGAGUGGAUACGAUGUUCCAGCUGUAGCCAGUUACCUGGACUUCAUCAACUUGAUGGCGUACGACUUCCACGGGAAAUGGGAAAGAGAAACGGGGCACAAUGCGCCUUUGUACGCCUCUUCGUUGGAUUCUGAGUGGCAGAAGCAGCUCAGCGUGGACAACGCCGCGUCGAUGUGGGUUCGGUUGGGCGCCCCUAAAGAGAAAUUAAUAAUAGGCAUGCCAACCUAUGGCCGAUCCUUCACUCUCUCGAAUCCUUCGAAUUUCCGUAUUCAUUCACCUGCCAGUGGCGGUGGAAAGGCCGGCGAGUAUACCAAGGAAUCCGGUUUUCUUGCCUAUUAUGAGAUCUGCGAGAUGCUCCAAAAUGGCGCGGCCUAUGUGUGGGAUGACGAAAUGAAAGUCCCGUAUCUGGUGCAUCACGAGCAAUGGGUCGGCUUCGACGACGAGAAAUCCAUCCGUAACAAAAUGGACUGGCUGAAAAGCAAGGGUUACGGCGGCGCGAUGGUGUGGACAGUAGAUAUGGACGAUUUCAACGGAACUUCCUGCAACGGGAACGUUAGAUACCCAUUGAUCGGGGCGAUGAGGGAGGAACUAUUGGGUAUUUCGAGGGGCUCGAACGCGAAAGACGUCGAUUGGAGUGUUGUGGCUGCUACUAUCACCGAGACCGUCCAGAAAAAACCGGAACCAUACAAGAUAUCGGUGUCAGAUGUUCUCAGCAAAACAAAGAAACUUCAAAAAUCGGCGACUCAACUGGUCAUCAAUACUCCAACAAACGAAAGAGAGGCCCAAUCUUUUUGCUAUCUAACGAAUUGGUCGCACAGAAGGCCAGGCGCUGGAAAAUUUACGCCAGAGGACAUCGAUCCGACGCUCUGCACUCACAUAGUCUACGCGUUCGCGACCUUGAAAAAUUAUUUGCUCGUUGAGGAAAGCGAUAAAGAUGCCGAGAUGUACAAUCGACUGAUUUCGCUUCGCGAUAAGAAUCCGGAUAUCAAGAUAUUAUUAGCGAUUGGUGGUUGGGCUUUCGGAUCAACCCCAUUUAAGGAACUGACUAGCAACACUUUCCGCAUGAACCAAUUCGUGUACGAAGCCAUUGAUUUCUUGAGAGAAUACAAAUUCGAUGGCUUAGACGUCGACUGGGAAUAUCCACGGGGCGGCGAUGAUAGAACGGCUUACGUGAAUCUCUUGAAGGAGCUUAGGCUCGCUUUUGAAGGCGAAGCGAAGAGUUCGGGCCAACCAAAGUUAAUUUUGUCAGCGGCAGUGCCUGCUAGUUUCGAAGCAAUCGCUGCUGGGUACGAUGUGCCCGAAAUAUCAAAGUACUUGGAUUUCAUUAACGUUAUGACAUACGACUUUCACGGUCAGUGGGAGAGACAGGUCGGUCACAACAGUCCCCUAUUUCCUUUAGAAAGUGCUACCAGUUACCAGAAAAAAUUAACAGUGGACUACAGUGCGAGGGAAUGGGUAAAACAGGGCGCACCGAAGGAAAAAUUGAUGAUCGGUAUGCCAACUUAUGGUAGGUCUUUCACAUUGGUUGACAAAGAGAAGUUUGACAUUGGAGCACCAGCGUCUGGCGGAGGAACAGCUGGAAACUUCACCAAUGAAUCUGGAUUCCUCUCCUACUAUGAGGUUUGCGGCUUCCUAAACGAAGAAAAUACUACUCUAGUCUGGGACAGUGAGCAACAAGUACCUUUUGCGUACAGAGACGACCAGUGGGUCGGAUUUGACGACGAAAGAAGCCUCAUAAAUAAGAUGCAAUGGCUGAAGGAAGAAGGUUUCGGAGGUAUAAUGAUAUGGUCGGUGGACAUGGACGACUUCAGAGGCAGUUGUGGGAGUGGAAAGUAUCCACUGAUCAAAGCUAUGAAGAAAGAACUGCAAGACUACAAAGUAACGCUAGAAUACGACGGUCCUUAUGAGAACAACUUAAGAAACGGGAGGUACACCACAAAAAAUCCAAACGAAGUGACCUGCGACGAGGAGGACAACCAUAUAUCUUAUCAUCCGGACAAGAACGACUGUACAAUGUACUAUAUGUGCGAGGGCGAGAGGAAGCAUCACAUGCCCUGCCCGGUAAAUUUGGUUUUCAAUCCGAACGAGAACGUAUGCGACUGGCCCGAGAACGUGGAAGGUUGCUUGCAGCACACGCAAGCGCCGCCAGUGUAAAAAAAAUCACGGGAGGAUAAAAAAACAGAGAAGAAUUAUAUAAAUAAGUUAAGAAUUAUUACCUAAUGCUCGCGGCUGUACCAUAAAACGCGGAAAUAUACGCGGCGUAGGAAUGUUAUAAACAUUAGUUCACGAUUUGUCACGCUAUAACGUACGCAAAUUUGUCGUUGUCGCGUGUCGCCAAGAAAUUUUUUACUCGUCAAUUUUAAGUUUUCUUUUUUUUUGUCUCUAUUGCUAUUCAUCUCUCCCCCCCCCUUUUUUCCUUUUCGGUUCUACACCAUUUCUCGUCGGUUUGUACGUGCGUAUUCUCUGCCUGUCUUUUGUUCAUUUGUACAA